UAUAAGCAUGUAGCUACAUUAUGUGAAGAUCAAUUGAUGAGAACACGAUUCAAUAAAUAUAUAACAUUUAUAUAGAUAUGUGUGUUGGAAUGUAUAUUAGAUACAUGUAAUAAAAAAAUUGUUCGCUUAUCUAUCAAUAACUGCGGAAUGUCAAAAUUUAAAAACUUACAAAGGAAAUGUAUAUGUAGCCGAUUUUAACGAAAGUUCUCCUUGCUCUUUCAUUUAGCAAGUUUCAAAUUAAAUUCUAAUGUUUGAUACGAUUGACAGUUCAAAAUUCAAAGUGUUCUUUUUCAAAAUUUAGUACAGAUUAUAUAUCAAUUGCAGAUACAUAUAUCGAAAUUUUUUCGGCUGCAAACGAACAUUUUACAAAAUGAGGGCGUCCAAUUGCAGACCAGUUUCUACCAUUAACUUUCGGAUUGUGAGAUGUUUCUAUCGGCCACGACGAUUGAACAAAUAUUACGAUAUUUACAGAAUAGCUGCCCUUGCGCGGGAUCGCGCCUGCCUCUUUACGUGCCAGCAGGCCUCGCAGAAUCUGCAGCAGCCGCAGGUGAGCCUUGGGCUGAUGAGAUCCCAAGGAGCACCCGGAUUAAGUCAUGACUUUAUCCCGCAGCCGCGUUUCUACAGCGCGCCAGGUCGCAGGGCCGGCUUCUUCUCGCAGUUCUUCGACAACAUGAAAUCGGAGAUGGACAAGAACAAGGAGAUCAAGGACAACAUCCGUAAGUUCCGCGAGGAGGCCCAGAAACUGGAGGAGUCGGACGCGCUGAAGUCGGCGCGGCAAAAGUUCAACAUUGUUGAAUCGGAGGCGCAGAAGUCGUCCAGCAAGCUGAAAGAGCAGCUGGGCGCCAUCAAGGAGCGCGUGGGCGACGUCCUGGACGAUGCCAGCAAGUCCGACCUGGCCAAGAAGGUCACCGAAGAGCUGUCGAAGAAGGCCAGGGGGGUCAGCGACACGAUCACGGACACCAGCGGGAAGCUGGGCCAGUCCGGCGCCUUCCAGGCCAUCUCCAACACGACGACGAUCAUCAAGAAGGAGAUGGACAAUGCGAGCAUAGACAAUCGGGUCUACCGCGCCCCCGUCCAGCUGCGCAAGCGCGUCCAACUGGAUAUGAGUGACAGCGAUCGCAUUGUGGAGCCCAACACGGAGGCAACUGGCAUGGAGCUGCACAAGGACUCCAAGUUUUACGAGUCGUGGGAGAACUUCAAGAACAACAAUACCUACGUGAACAAGGUGCUCGACUGGAAGGUGAAGUACGACGAGUCUGAGAAUCCCGUGAUCCGUGCCUCCCGCCUGCUCACCGAUAAAGUGUCCGACGUGAUGGGCGGCCUCUUCUCGAAAACAGAGCUGUCCGAAACGAUGACGGAGCUGGUGAAGAUCGAUCCGAGUUUCGACCAAAAGGAUUUCCUGCACGAUUGCGAAACGGACAUCAUUCCAAACAUUCUGGAGUCGAUUGUCAGGGGCGAUUUGGAGAUACUGAAGGACUGGUGCUUCGAGAGCACGUUCAACAUUAUCGCCACGCCCAUCAAGGAGGCUAAGAAGGCCGGCCUGUACCUGGACUCGAAGAUCCUCGACAUCGAGAACAUCGAGCUGGCCAUGGGCAAGGUGAUGGAGCAGGGCCCCGUGCUGAUUAUCACGUUCCAGGCGCAGCAGAUCAUGUGCGUGCGGGACCAGAAGAAUCAGGUUGUCGAGGGCGAUCCGGAGAAGGUGAUGCGGGUGCACUACGUCUGGGUGCUGUGCCGCGACCGCAACGAACUCAACCCCAAGGCUGCCUGGCGGCUGAUGGAGCUGUCCGCUAACAGCCAGGAGCAAUUUGUUUAGCGCGUUGUCACGCCUUUCUUUUUUACCGAGCCGUUUAAGUUUCCCUCAUUCUCUCACCCACAAAACGAAAAGAUCACUGAUCACUGGACACUGAGCAUUGACAACGCAUUGACCACGAACUCGACCCGCAGGACUCUAUCAAGUGUGUACAAAGGUUUCGCUUUCGAUUGCUUUGAAAGUUUUGUCCGCCACUAGUCGACUGUGUCCGCCCGGCAGGGGCUGCUGGUCGGUCCCGCGAAAGAUUCCCCCUCGAAUUCCGGGCGCAGCAAUCUGCCGGCUCCGGCGCGGCUCAUCCCCCAACGACGCCCCCGGUCGGCCGUUCCUCGCGGCCACGCCCCCCACCGGUCAACCUACGACGACGAGCGGUGAAGGGAGUGGCCGUCGGGAUCGUGGUUCCUCCGCUGGUGUCCCGGCCAAAUCUAAAACGUUGAAGCUUAAAGUUCUAAAGUGCAAGCAAGCUAUGUCGCUGGCAUAGGCGUAUAAGUAGUGACCAUAAGACAAAUUGUUGAGUAUAGUUGAGUUUAGGUAUUUUAAGGCACCACCCCACCCCACCCCAUCCCGACCCCUUCUCUUGUAAAUAUGGAAUUCGCCCAGCGCAGCUUGGGCACGGCAAAUUGACUGUACACACAGAAUCCAAAGAUUUGUACGUAAACCCAAGCGCCACUCAGAAUGUCUAGAAAAAAAUAAAUAUUUCAAUACUUUUAGAUAUACAAUUGAAGCAACUGGUGAAUUCUUGAGAUAUAAGUGUUAUGUUACCUUACCCUAAUCACAGACAUCCAAGUUUAUGGUUGCAAAUCAUAAGCGCCAGGCUACUAUGUGUAGAAAAUAAAAACUCCAAUACUUUUACAUAA